AUGGCGGCUUCCGCCGCGAGCCGUCGGGUUCUGCAAGCCGCGCCCGCAGCCGCACCCGCGGCCGCCCCCAGCGCGGGAGGCGCAGCAGCACCCGCGGCCGCCCCCAGCGCGGGAGGCGCAGCAGCACCCCCGCCCGCACCCGCGGUCGGCGCACCAUCGACGGCGCCGCCGUCGUCCGGCGCGCCGUCUUCCCCGCCGGCGUAUUCUCAGGGGAUGAUAAUUACGUCCAACAUUAAGUCCGCUGACGUGUCCAAGUCGAUCGUCGUUCUCAACUACCUCGGGCACAUGACGUGCCCGUUCCUGUCCGCGAGGACCAUCUUCCUGCCGACGAACCAGGCGUGGAGCGACGCGUUCGAGGGGUACAAGAAGAAGCGCAGCAGCGGCGGGCUGUACGACGCGCUCGACGCGGUCGUGAACGGCGAUAAGCUCAAGACGGCCACGGAGAUCUAUCUCUUUCCCUCCCCCCCACCCUCUCCUUCCACUCUCAGUACUCGUCCCUCGUCUCUCCCGUUCCCCCAUCCCCCUCUCGCUCCCAUUUCUCUUCCCUCUCACUCCCGUUUCUCCUCCCUCUCACUCCCGUGCAUCCUCCCCCUCACUCCCGUUCCUCCUCCCCCUCACUCCCGUUCCUCCUCCCCCUCACUCCCAUUCCUCCUCCCCCUCACUCUUCUCCUCCCCCUCACUCCCAUAUCUCCUCCCCCUCACUCCCAUAUCUCCUCCCUCUCACUCCCAUUUCUCCUCCCCCUCACUCCCAUUCCUCCUCCCCCUCACUCUUCUCCUCCCCCUCACUCCCAUAUCUCCUCCCCCUCACUCCCGUUUCUCCUCCCUCUCACUCCCAUUUCUCCUCCCUCUCACUCCCUUUUCUCCUCCCUCUCACUCCCUUUUCUCCUCCCUCUCACUCCCAUUUCUCCUCCCUCUCACCCCCAUGUAUCCUCGCUCUCAUUCCCAUUUCUCAUCCCCCCUCCGAUUUUCCACCCCUUCACUCUCAUCCUCGCUCCCCACUCUCUGGAUGCCAGGUGCCGCUGCCACUAUCUCGCGUCUCCUCACUGCGCUGCUCUUGCCCCCAACCACUUCACCCUUCCAUCCAUCCCCGCACCCUCCUUUUCCCUCUCGGAUGCCAGGUGCCGCUGCCACUGUGCCGCUGCCACUGUCUCGCGUCUCCUCACCGCACUGCUGGUCCUCAGCGCUGCUCUUCCCCCCAACCACUUCACCCCUUCACUCUCCCAUCCUUCCCCGUACCCUCCUUUUCCCUCUCUGGAUGCCAGGGUACUACUUUCGCGCGGGAAUGGGGGGCGGCAAGAGCAUGUGGCACAUCUAUCUGCCGCACGGGGGGUGGUGCCGCAAUGCUGCCAGCAGCAGAGUGCGAGUGCGUCGGGAGGAGCAAGACGGCACUCGGCAGCAGUACAUUCUACCCCGAAGAUCCCACCAGCGCGGUAUGCUGCUCUCUCCCCCUUAAAGUCGCCCUCCCCCUCCCCUCAAGGCACCACCCGGCAGCACCGGCGAUCCACCCAACGCGGUAUGCUGCUCUCAGAGGCUCUCCCCCUUGAAGUCACGGCGCAAAGCAGCAGCAGCGCCUUCGUUCCUCCUCCUCCCUCCAAGCCAAAAACGCGAUAUGCUGCUCCUCCUCCCUCCAACCUGCCUUUCCAAAAGUAG